AUGCAAAGAACACGCUGCCUAGUCUUACGGAGGGGAUGCGGAGGGGAAGUCAACAGGAGGGGCCUCCGAAGGAGCUUCACAACAGCAGAUCAGGUGGGAGACUACAAAAGGAAGAACGCCUUCGAAAUGUGGAAGUGCCAUAGCGCAGAAACAUAUGCAGCCGAUUUAUCAUUUCACGACAGCUUUAAAAUUAGUGAAGAUAAAGAAUUGCUCCUAAGUAAAAGGGUCAGCAAAUAUAAGAACGUAAAGGACGCCACCAUCAAAUAUCUGUUUCUAUUUCUAACGUUUAGCCAGCCAUGCUGCAACCAUUUUAUUUGUAAAACGAACCCAAGCAAUGGAAUCCCCACACAGGUCCUAGCCAAACUGAACUACCUCCUCUUGAUAAAGAAAAUACUCUCAAAUGAUUCUACACAGAAUAGGUUCGUAAAUUUUCUUUACUUGAAUUAUGUGUUACCCAGGAGGGUGAGAAAUAAAAUUACACUCCAUGAGGAAGUGACGAAUAACACAUAUGUUGGUGCUUCUCCAGGUGGGUACCCUCCCCCGUCAGGUAGGAAAAUUGACCAAGGGGAUCAUGCCGAAAGUAGUUCCCACGAUGGCAAUUCCCAUCCAGGGAAACAUACCAAUUGGGUUGAUCCCCCCCGAGGUAAAACCACCUUACGCCUAAAAGAAAUAAGGCAGCUAUUCCAAACAGGGGAGUACGAAAUUGUCAUACACAGCAACAUAAAAAAUAGACUCCUAAAGCACGUUUAUGUAGACGACCUAGAUGAACAAAUAAAGAAGCAGAUUAAUUACCUUAACAUGUUUGUUAACCAAGUGACUGAUAAAACGAUGCUACUACAACUAUACUCCUUUGUAGAGUAUUUUUUUGACCAAAUGGGGAACCAUGCGAAUGAGUUUUUAUUUUUCCUAGACAGACUAGCCGAUAAACUAUUACCCAAAAUGAACCUAGUAGAUACAGCCUUCAUCUUCCACAUGCAUAUAAAGUUGAAUUAUUACAACCAUUUGUUUUUAUUUAUGCUGGUACGAAAAAUGGAGCUUUUUUUCCAUUCCCUUUUGACGUAUCCAGAGGGGGAUAAAGAACUAGCCAAUUUGUACAUGCGCAAAAUAAAGUAUAACCAGAAAUCCGUUGUCAUUUUUUUUCACUCCUUGACAAAUUAUUUUUUUUACCUGAACCAAAUUGAUGGGGGGACCAGAUACAAGGACAAACGGAUACAUAUCAAACGUUUCCUUUAUGGAAAACUGGGGGCACUCCACGUGCUGCAGAACUUGGAGCGAAAUUACCAAUCGUAUUCUUUGCUAGACUACACCUUGGUGUUUUCCUCCCUGAACAAACUGGGCAUACAGAAUGAGCUACUAAAAUUGGUUCUACUGGAUUAUAUAGACAAAAUGGGAUCAAACCUACCAACGAAUGGUAACUUGCAGGAGGGACGACUCAGCCCCUUAACCACCUCCCUCAGUGGCAGCAACCUCCAUCUGUAUGCCUCCCUUUUGAGCACCUUUACAAAGUGCUUCACAUCGUAUCAGUACUGCAGGGAUGAAUACGACAAGGUCAUGCGGGUGUUACUUAUCCUGUUUGAAAAUGGCCUCCGCGUUAUUUCCAAAUUGUUCGUCAGUGAAGGGAAGAAUCUGCUCUUCCCCCAGGGUGAUCACCAAAUGGGGGGGUUCAGACGGCCUUCCGGCAGAAGCGACACAUCCGUGGAGGAACCUCUUCCGCGAAUCGUUACAUCUGAAGUAGAUGAACAGAUUAAAUAUGGCAAUGCACCAAACAGUAAGAUUGACCCCCCCGGGGAGGCACACCCAUAUGAAGAACCUACCUAUUUUUCCUUCAUUAAGGUUCUACAGUUGGAGAGGAGAAAAAGCAAAGUGGCUAAUAUAGGGGAACCCCCCUCAGAAGAGGCAUGCAACAGAAAUAACGUGCCAGGUGGAGCAGAGGACUCCCCAGAUGGACCCCUCUACCAAACCAAUGUAAAAACAGAUGGCCCUUGCAAAACUGCGUACCAUGUGCAAAACGUCCGAGAAAAUAUCAAGUACAUCGUGAAUUGUCUAAACUCGACCUACAAACUGCUUAACCACUUUAUUGAAAUGUUCCAAGUUAAGGAAUUCAGCAAGAAGUUCAACCGAAUUCUUCUGUAUAAUUUUUCCAAUAAACUCAUUUAUGAGAAAAAGAAUGUCAAUUCGUCUGAUGGUUAUUUGGAUAAGUUACACAACUGCACUGUGCAUGGUAGCAGAUUGUUUAACUACCGCGACGGGGGGGUACACAUAAAUCGGUUGUUUAUGUGUGCCUAUUUGGAGAGCUUCCUCCUCUGCGAUUUGGUUAAUGUGUAUGUAGGUGGGAUCGUCCAACGGUUACAUAGUGGGAUGGCGCCAACAACAAACGAACCAACCAACGAGGGGACCUUCUUCUCCCAACUGGCCGCCAACACUCUGGGGGCCAUCCAAAAUUUGAAGCUCAUACGGUACGAUAUUUUUGCUAACAUUGCACACAUUAUCGGAAGGAAAUAUUUCAAACUGGACGUGGUUAAUGUAGGAAAUAUUAUCCACUCGUUCGCCUCCGUCAAGCUGAGGGACGUGCAGAUAAUCGAGCUCCUAACCAACCAGUUGGUAUCUCACGCGAGUGACAAUCUGGGGAGCGACGACCAGAUAGGUGAACAGACACUGAGCAAUGUCUCCAUCUCGCUACUAAAACUUGAUUUGCCGAAUGAAAAAUUUAACGAAAUUAUUUUCCGCAAUUAUAAGAGGAUCCAAUCUGUCCACUCACUCAUAAAUAUCACCCUCUACUUAUGUUACUACAAUUUUAUCAGCUCAUUUGUUCUGCAAAAUGGUCUUACCCACCUUUUUGAGCGUGUGAAUAUAGCAGAUAUGAGCACCUUGACCGUCCAAAAUCAGACACAGUUACGUCUCAUCGCGAUUUUAACCCUGCAUGUUCAUCAAUAUUCUGUUGGGGAGGCACACAAGUGGGAGGAUCCGAACGGGACUUCCCUUGGAAAAAUUUCCACCCAUUUGAAUGAACUUCGAGACGUCGCAUUAUUCCACCAAAGGGGUGUUUCAACCCCAAGUAACCAACGAGGAGGUCAAACUGCAGAGGAGAUUCACACAGUACCACACGUGGGAGUGGAAAGACAGAGAAGUGCGUUUCCCGAGUCAGACUGCACACAUGCCGUCCCCUCCUCCAUAAACAUGUUCGAAAUUUUGGCGCAAAAACGUAUGAAUAACCCACCAAUGGAAACGAACCCGCUAUUAAGUGAGAGGGACUACUUAAACCUCCAACUCAUCACGGCAUUUCCCUUUUCCCCUCCUCCCAUUGAAACUACCUCCAGCUUGCACGACGAAAUAUACGACGUGGUGGCGUCACUGAGUCUUCCACGUGAGCUGACGAAGGAGUUACCGCAUUACCCCUACUGCGUCGAUAUAGUGCUCGCCUAA